AUGUUAAACAAAAUGUUUGCCAACUUUCCUUCUGUUGUUGCAACAAUGGUAUGUCCUGAUUGUUCAAAUAGAUUUUUAAGGGAAGAAAUAAUUGUAUCAGUAAAUCUACCAACUGAUGAUUUAGUUUUCUUAACUGAUUUAAUGGAAGACUUUUAUUUUACACCAUCACAUUGUAACUUUAAAGAUCAUUUAAUUAUCGAAACAGUAGUACCUCUUACUCCACAGCGAAAACUAAAAAAAUAUCUUGACUUAAAAGUAUAA